UAUACUGACAAUUACAAAUUACAACACGACAGACACCAACUGUCAGUGGAGUCUAAAUCAAGUCUUUGCUGGAUUUGUUGCAGUCUACGACAAAGAAAACAUGUCGUGUAUAGUUUACAAAACCAAUCCGGUAUACUUCCAGUGGAAUUAUCAGCUGGUCCCAGUGUUGAGUCAUAACGAGGUUUACGUGAAAACGUCAGGUAUCGAAUAUAAAGUCACAGACACUUUGGUAGUACAAGUCGAACCGAAGAUAUUGAAUUGCGCACCAUUGCUUGGUGUUGUGAAGCAGUCGACAACUCAAAUAGCACCAGUCGUUACUAGCACUACAACACCAAUUGACACAUCCACCUCCCUGAAUACUAACAUGUCAUUAUGUACGUGUCAUCCUGAACCAUACACCUUCACUGUAGGAAGGGACUUCGCCAGCGUGAUCAGGAGUCUUAGAAUCAACAAAACAGCCCUGUCAUCUUACAAGCGAAAGCGUAUGAGUGUACAUGAUGAUAGAACGUCGUGUAUGGUGAUGGGUUAUGUUGCUGCUAUCGUUAUAUUCGGAAGUAUUUCCUAUAUAAUCAUUAUGGACAUCCCUAUAAUUUUGAGGAACGUUACACGCAAACGGGCGAUGACAUGUUAUACCAUAUCCUAUGUCAUCAGAGGAACGCAAACAAAAUGAUAAAACUACCUCCAUCGAACACGACACACACAUCGGAAGGCGCAGUGGAUAACACCUAGGCAAAACAAGUGGAUUUUCUCCGAGUACUCCGGUUUGCUCUCACAUAAAGAUCCAUGCUUGUUACCA